CUACGCGAUGGACGCAAAGAGUCUCCCCUUUUAUAUGCUUCUCAGGUCGUCGCUAGGUUUUCAUUGCGCUUCUGCCAUCGCUCUGAGAAGUGAAGCGGCUCUCUCUCUCUCUCUCUCUCUCUCCAGCAGAUCUCGAAAGUUCAGUCAUCUGAUAAAUGUCGGACUCUGUGGAGUACCGCUGUUUUAUUGGCGGUCUUGCAUGGUCAACAUCUGACAGAGUUCUUAAAAGUGCAUUUGAGAAGUUUGGCCAUCUUACUGAGGCAAAGGUAGUUGUGGACAGGUUUUCCGGUCGCUCUCGUGGAUUUGGGUUUGUUACUUUUGAUGAUGAGGCAGCCAUGGAAGAUGCUAUACGUGCAAUGAAUGGUAUGGAUCUGGAUGGGCGAUCAAUUACUGUGGAUAAAGCUCAGCCACAAGGCUCCAGCAGAGACCGUGAUGGUGACCGUGACAAUGACCGUGGCCGUGAUCGUGGCCGUGAUCGUGAUUACGGUGGCAGUCGAGGUUCUAGCGGUGGAGAGUGCUUCAAAUGUGGCAAGCCAGGGCAUUUUGCUAGGGAGUGCCCAUCUGGUGGAGGUGGAAAAGGUGGGGACAGGUAUGGUGGCAGGGAUGAUAGGUAUGGUGGUGGUGGUGGUGGUGGUAACAGUCGCUAUGGUCCUGAUCGUAAUGGGGAUCGUUAUGGGGGACGCAACAGGGAUGGGGGUGGCCGUGGGGGGUUUGGUGGUGACCGAUACAAUCGUGAUCGUUCUGGUCCAUAUGAGCGCCCUGGCUCCGGAGGUUAUCGAUCUUGAUCAAGUGCCUUGAAGCUUGUGCGGCCGCUAGUCUGCGUGAAAUGGUGACUGUGGGCCUUGUUACCAGAUGCUCCAAAUGACGCAUGCACUCGUUUCAAAUCUGGCGGAUCUACUUCACUGUCUCCUCCAUUUCCCUGUUUAAGACUUGGGCAGUUGGCAGAAUUAUCUGUGGACCGACUGUUUUGUGGUGUGUCAGAUAUGGUCAUAUGAUGUUUUGGACAGGGUUUACCUUCGUAGCUUGCUUGACAUGAACUUGGGGUUUUGUCUUUUUAGUCUUUGAAUACCCGUUAUUGCUGCCUAAUUAUAGAGGUUCUGGGUUCUUGGUA